UGCAAACAUUUGCACUAGAAUUAAACUGAGCCAAAAAAAAGUCGCUGAAGUAGCAAUAUAAAAGGAGGAGAGGAGGAGURAUAUUUGCAACGUUAACCCAUAUCCCACCAACAAUGUUGCAUUAAUUGUAUCUCGAUCAUUUCCAUAUCCCUUCCGACCAUGGCUGACACUCAAGGCUUUGCCAUGGAUUUCCUUCUAGGGCUCAUCUCCAUAGUAGUGGUUACAUCCAUCUUGUACAAGAUGAGAAACAAAAACAAACUUCACCUUCCACCAGGCCCAUUAGCUUUACCUAUCAUCGGAAACCUGCAUCUCAUUGGUUCAAUCCCUCACCAAAGCUUCCAAAAGAUCUCCAACCGCUAUGGUCCUUUGAUUCACGUUCUUCUUGGCUCUGUCUCUUGUGUAGUGGUCUCCUCCGCUGAAAUAGCAAAACAAAUGCUCAAGUCCCAGGAGCUUGACUUUUCUUCUCGACCAGUGCCUCUUGCUACAAACUAUAUAACAUACGACACAGCCGAUUUCAUCUUCACUCCGUAUGGACCCUACUGGAGAUUCAUGAAAAAGCUGUGCAUGUCGGAGCUCCUAAAUGGUCAGAUUCUCAACCAAUUUAUUCCACUUAGAAAGGAAGAGCUGCACCGCUUCUUACAAUCUAUAUUCGAUAAGUCCAUCCUCGGUAAGGCCAUUGAUGUUCGCCAAGAAGUCAUGAGGCUAUCAAAUAACACAGUUACAAGAAUGACGAUGAACACGAGGUGCUCCGGAACAGAAGACCAGGCUGAGGAAACUAUAAUGGUGGCACAAGAUGCAUUAGAGCUCGCCGGUAGGUUUAACUUGUCAGAUUACAUUGGACUCUGCAAAGUUUUGGAUUUACAAGGUUUUGGAAAGAAGAUGAAAGACACACGUCGGAGGUUCGACAAUAUCAUAGACAAGAUCAUAAUGGAGCAUGAGGAGGCUCGGAGCCAGAAGAAGAAGAUGGGUAGUACUAGUGAUGGAGGUAAUCAUCAUGGCGUAAAGACUCUACUUGAUUUAUUACUUGAUAUAUCUGAAGACGAGGAAGCUGAGAUGAGGUUAACCAAAGCCAACAUCAAGGCUUUCAUUCUGGACUUAUUUUUAGCAGGGACUGAUACAUCUGGAAUGACAAUUGAAUGGGCAAUGUCAGAGCUCAUAAACAACCCAUCCGUGUUAGAGAAAGCAAGAGAAGAGAUCGACUUGGUGGUCGGAAAGAGUAGAUUGGUGGAAGAAUCAGACAUCCCUAAUCUUCCUUACCUCCAAGCAAUUGUAAAGGAAACGUUGAGGCUGCACCCUCCUGCCCCUUUAAUUCUAAGACAGUCGACUAGAGACUGCAAACUCUGGGGCUAUGACAUUCCUGGAAAUACCAGAACAUUUAUCAAUGUCUGGGCAAUUGGAAGAGAUCCCAAGUACUGGGACAACCCACUCCAAUUUCAACCAGAACGAUUUAUGAUGAUUGAAGAUGGUGGCAGCAAUAAAUCAAGCCAGAUAGAUGUUAGGGGACAACAUUAUCAAUUCCUUCCUUUUGGAAGCGGAAGGAGGAUGUGCCCUGGACUCACUCUUGGCUUACAAACGGUACAAACAGGUCUGGCAUGCAUGAUUCAGUGUUUCGAGUGGAAGUUUGGGGAAGGAAAGCAAGCAAAAGUAGACAUGGAAGAGGGUGCUUCAAUUACUCUCCCAAGAGCCCAUCAUUUGAUCUGUGACGCUGUACCCCGCCUGAAUCCAUUGCCAAUAACCUGAGUUAAUUAAUAAGAUAUGUCUACGCCAAGGAGAAAUAUUGAUUCAUGUAUGAAAUAAUAAUAAUAAUCUCUCCGGCCCGGCCCAUUCUAGCUACCUGUCUAUGAUGCAUGCAUCUAGUAUGUCUAGAUUGUCUUUGUUUUCUCUAUUUAGAGCCUGAGAGGGAGUACCACUUUCCUUACUUUGUUAUUCCUUGUCUCUAAGUUAAUAUACCAUUUAAUUAUUCAGUAUUUUGCAAAGGCUUUGUUCCAGAAGCACUUGAAAAGUGGAAAACUGUACGUGUGGCCUUCAUUUC